AUGUCUACGACAGAUUUCAGUAGUGGUGGAACACACAUUAAAACAUUUCUAGACCUGCGAUGCUCCCCUACUUUGGUCGGUGGAAUUCAACUCGCAUCAACCUUUUUCGCAGCAGUUGACAUUCUCCUCGCCAUCACAGCUUUUCUUGGCAAUUCUCUGAUCCUUGUUGCCCUUCACAAGGAAUCUUCCCUUCAUCCGCCGUCCAAACUCCUGUAUCGUUGUCUAGCGACAACUGAUCUGUUGAUUGGUCUUGUUAGCCAGCCUCUUGCUGCUACCCACUGGAUGUCCUUGGUUCACGAACACUGGAGUAUUUGUCGAUACACAAAUGGCCCAGCAUACAUAACAGGCGUUGCCUUAAGUGCAGUUUCUUUAUUGACGAUGGCGGCCAUAAGCGUGGACAGACUUCUCGCACUGCUGUUGGGGCUGAGAUACAAACACAUUGUAACCUUGAAGUGUUUAUAUAUCAUUGUCACUCUAUUUUGGGUUUUAUCUUUAACUUUUUCUUUAAUUGCCGUUUUUGUUAAUCGUAUAACUGUCCUGUACAUCCGCAUUGUUAUACCAUUUUGCCUGGUUAUUUCACUCGUCUCUUACACAAAAAUUUAUUGCAUUCUCAGGCAUCAACAGUCUCGAGUAAAAACGUAUGUUCAACAACAGCCGAGCCAACAAAAUACACUGGACUUGGCGCGUUACAGAAAGGCAUUGUACAGUACACUAUGGGUGCAGUCAGCAUUUGUUGUUUGUUAUGCGCCAUUUUAUAUAGUGGAGACUGCGAUCGCUCAUACUAAAACAUAUUCAUCAUAUUUUAUCGUGCUACGGAAAGUAGCAGUUGUCUUAGUUUACUUUAACUCGACGUUAAAUCCGUUUCUUUACUGCUGGAAGAUUAGUGAAAUAAGGCAAGCAGUGAAGAAGACAAUUAGAAAAGCACUUUGUUGUCCUUGGAGUUAGAUCACUCUUGAGUUACGCUUUAGUUAAUACUUUCAAAGUAGACUUAAAACAAUUUGUUCCAGAGAACGCUUGACGAAUAUGUUAUUGAAUAGGAACAAAUUAAAAGUUAAAAAAGAUCGCUGCUUGAUAGUUGUAGAAGGAAAUAUUUGCCUACAUCAAUGUCUCAUGUUCAUUCUUGGUUUUCAAUACGAAGGCAUUGGUCAAAACUUCAAAAAGUAGUGUACGCGAGUUGUUCGAGGUACAAUAACAGAAAAAAAUACUUCAAAUUUAACUCAUACUUAAAAGAAAGCACUUGAGGUUGAUGCCAUAUUGCCAAAAGAGCUGAUAGAGUAUUGGUUGCGAACUUGUUCUGACAUUGCUAUAAUGUCAA